GAGGGGCGGGUCUUCACCGCCUGCGAAACCAAACUCUGGGCGACAAAUUGCUCCUCUUCCCUCCACCUGCUGCUGGUCAGCCAGGUUAAUGCAUAAACUGCUAGUGAAACCAGCCCGCAAUCCGGAAGAUACACGGCACUGGAGACAAACAGUAAAGCCCACAAACCAAACCGAGCAUCAAGCGAAGUUAAAGUUUCAGCCACAAGCUGAACCGUGGAGGGAUACCGUCUGGUAUCAGUGGACUUUCCGGCGGGAUAAUACCUGGAGAUGGACCGAUACAGGUACUUCAUUUUCAACCAGAAGAGCGUGCUCGUCCUCGGUAUCCUCCAGAUCGCUUGUGCUGGUCUUUGUGUAGUGUGUGGGUUCAUGGACGCUGUUUUCCGUAAGGAUACCCCGCUGAGUACCACCAGGACACCGGUCUGGGGAGGACUGCUCAUGGUCUCUCCAGGUGUUCUGGCGCUGUUUGCCUCCCAAAAGAAAAACUCAGUGCUGGUGAGUGUGAUGGUAGUGACAGCAGGCCUGUCCUGUGUGGCUGCAGUGUUUGUAUCAGGUUACUCCGGUUUGACACUCACCUAUGGAGAGGAGGAUCAAGAGGUCUUCCACCACCACCACAGUCCUGAAGUGACGUUUGUGCUUCAUCGGAUGGUGAAGGGAGCCAACGCCACCAUACUUCUGUCCUGCACCAUCAGCUUGGUUCUCUCCUGCCUCAUCGCCUUCGUGGGCUGCCGUAGUCUUCCAUGUUGUGGCUGCUAUGAUAGCAGAACUGGAUUGGAAACACUGGUUCCUCAGUGUGACCCUGGGGACACCGAGAUGGUUUGUACAUGGCAAGCAGGAGGUGACGACAGGCUCUUCAACUCUCCGGCUCAGUCCACUGACUGUGGCAAAACAGAGGAAGAAGAGGGUCCCUCCAAAGUGCCUCCGUACAGUAGACUGACCUGACAUACACCCUCAUUAGAGACCUGUCCUACACAUUUCAUUUUGCAUUUUACACAUUUCAGAGAAGAGGGGAUUAAUUCUAGGUUGUAUUUCCUUAAAGUUGUGCCUAUGCAUUUCUCUCCUUUUUGGGGGCGUGGACAGAGAGAAUGAACCUCAAGUGAAGCCGAAGUCAAGUGGAAAGUCAUCUAGAGAUUUUUCAGAGAUAUGGGUUGUUUUUCUCUUAUCAGACAAAGCACUUUGGACUAUGACAGUGUCUUUAUUUGCUCUUUGACCAAAGAUUUCUGUCGCCAAACUCCUUUAUACCUUGCCAAAGUUGAAUACCUGCAAACUCUGUGACAUGUCAAGACUUAAAUGCUUCAUUCCCUGCAUGUUGUGUGAAAAUGAGUUGUGUUCUCAAUAUGUAAAUGCUAAGACAUUUUAUGUGUAUUUAACAAAUAAAUCCCAACAAGAUGUUUGA